AUGGAACAAAAUUUAGAUGAAAAGAUGUAUGCCAUAGAUCAAAAAUAAAAAGAUAAAUUUCCACUCACGAAUUAGAUAUCUUAGGAUUUUGAAGACGAUACACACAUAUACCGAAUAAUAAGACUGGGAAGGGAAUCUGUGAGACUUAUGCAGGAGUUUAAAUGGGAGAAAAAGCUUCUCAAAGAAGAAGAAUGGAGACGACUGAGAGUGUAUUAACGUCGAGGAUGGUUACAUUAUGCCAUUUUUGAGAAGGAACCAUACGUUUUGUUAUUCAAAAGAAAGAUUACCAAAAAUAAGAGAUCCUGA